ACCUAACCUAGCUUUUCCAAAUAUUGUUUCAGUACUGGGAUGAUAAACUGAAAUUUUAUUAAUAAAAGGCUUUUUAAGCCACAACAAUAAACAGCAUUUAAAUUCUACAUUUAUAAUAUUUUUCGACAUGUUGGCCCAAACGCUUCGAUUGAGUUUUGGGUUGUUAAAGCCUGAAAGCACUCAACUGGUGCUCGCAGCUGGUAUAAAAUAUUUUCCGCCACCAAAAAACUAUGAUCACAUUGAAAUACCUGAGCGUCAGAGGCUCCGUAUUUACGACAAAAUGCCCACAUAUCCUUCGAACCUGAAGCCUCCAAAGAUGCAAAAGCGUCUCCGUUACAUGCGCGGUCCUGAACCACUGCACACAACCCUGCAGUUACAGCAAUAUGGUAUUGUUGCCACUGGUGGAGGCAGAUUACGUUCUGAACAUUUUGAAAUGGCCCGUCUGCUUGUUGCAAGAAGGUUGGACCAAAAGAGAAUGUUUGCGAUCUGGAGAGUGGACCCUCCAUGGCAGCCCAUUACGAAGAAGGGCCAAGGUCAACGUAUGGGUGGAGGUAAAGGUGCCAUCGAUCAUUACGUCACACCUAUCAAAGCUGGCAGAAUCAUUCUUGAAGUUGGUGGCAAGUGUGAUUACGCUGAGGUCCAACCAAUGCUCAGAAUGAUUGCUGAGCGAUUACCUUUCGCAGCUGAGGCAGUUUCACAGGAAAUUUUGCAAAAGAAGGCAGAGAAGGAGAAAUGGUUAGAAGAGAAUAAUAAGAACUUUUAUACAAUGAAGUACAUAAUACAGAACAAUAUGGGAGGAUGUCAUAGGUUCCUCUCCCCCUUCGACCAUCGCUGGUAUGGAAAGUAUUUGUAAAUAUGAUUACUGAAAUAAGUUGUUGUUAUAGGAUUGUAGUGAUAAAAUAAAUAUUAUGAAGCUGUAA